AUGUCUCCCAACGGACAAGCAUAUUUAGCCAAGCCCGAUGCCCCAGAGGGGGCCACCAGAUUCCCCCAGGCUCGCCUUGCACCCCUCUCCAACCACCGCACCAUCUUCGUGUCCGGCACGGCGUGCUGCCGCCCCGAUGGCACCUGGCCCGGCGUCAUUGAGAAUUUGAACGGAACAUACACUCUCGAUAUUGGCAAGCAAACAGCGGCGGUUCUCGAUAACAUCGACAAUAUCAUCAAGGGCGCAACAGACGGCAAAGGUGGCAUCCACAACCUGAUCGACGCUGUGGUGUACAUCCUGGACAUGGAGAGCCAAUACGCUGGCAUGAACGAGGAGUGGAACAAGGUUUUUAAGACCCGCGAUAGUGCACCAGCUAGAGCUACUAUUGGUGUCAGGGAGCUGCCUGAUCCUCGGAUGAUUGUUGAGGUCAAGGCCGUUGCUGUUGUCGAUGUAUAG